UCUCUAUUUCGGUUCCACCAUGACCCAUCCCAUUGUGUUGCUUGGACUGCUGGUAGUAGCAUACUUUAGUGGUUCUUCUCAAGCUGAAAAUGCUUUUUCAAAGUACUGGGAAGACCAUAUUGGUCUUCCACACCCUCCACAUUGGUUAGCUGCAAAGGAUUCUCCAUUAAGUCUCGUUCAGACAUCAAUGUUUAUGAAACUUAUAGAGAAAAAUGAAUUGGCUUCCAACCUGCAUUUAUUCUGUAAGCAAGCUAAUGUUGCUUGUUCUUCAAAUGCACAAGUGAAGAAGAUUACAUAUGACACUACUCUUCCACCAAUAGCCCAGUGGAAUGGUGAUAGAGUGAAAUAUGAAUACGUUCCAAAUGAAGGACCCCUAUCAGUUGCCACCCAAGGGGGAUUACCAUUUUUUCGGGAGUCAAUGGUGAAAGAAGGAGCUUUCAUGCCUGUCCCUGAUUUAAGAGACCCAGUGUCCUAUAAAUCCUUCUUGCCAAGACGUUUGGUAUCAAAAAUUCCAUUUUCAUUUUCCCGGAUCAAGGAAUUGAAGAACCUUUUUGGUGUGAUCGAUGAAUCAAACAUGGAUGGGUAUAUUCAAGACACUCUUGAGAUAUGCGAGAAGAGCCCCAUUCGAGGUGAGCAAUGCACCUGUGUGACUUCCGCCGAGGAUUUCAUAGAUUUUGUUGUUGAGAAAUUAGGGCACCAUGUCGGUGUAUGGAGUAGUGAGAGCAUUGAAGGAUCUUAUGAGAAUGUCACAAUUGGAGAAGUGAAACUCAUCUAUGGAAACCUCUCUGAAGCACCAAUCAUAUGUCAUAGUCUACCAUUCUUAUUUCAAGUUUAUUAUUGCCAUGUUUUACAGAAAGUAAAAAUAUAUGCAGUUGAUAUACAUGCUCGAAAGGAAGUGAAUCAUGCGAUCAUGGCAUGCCAUUAUGACACAUCAACUUGGAAUCCAAACCAUCUUGCUUUUAAGCUGUUGGGUUUUGGCCCAGGCUUAAUUGAAGUUUGUCAUUGGAUAAGCGAGAAUGGAAUGGUCUGGACAAAGAGUCUGGGUUGAGUAACAUUUGAAGACUUGAUUAUCUUAUAGUUCUCUUGUUUUGUGUUAAAUGUUACAGCUUAUGCUAUUUGAAGGAUAAAUAAUGACCUAUUGUGACUUGUCA